UACAAUACCAAACACAUCAAUAGCACUGUAUCGCUAUCUGUGUCAAAAUAUAGCAGGAUCAGAACAUCUUGUUAAAACAAUCAGAUUGAUGAACAUGGUCAGGGACGAUAUUACAAGUAACGAAAAGCUAACAGAUAUAACCAGUGGAAGUUUUGGAGAAGGACUAGAUAUGCGUGGAAGUGAUUUAGAUAUAAUGUUUGUAAAUACAAGUUUCGAGGUAUUAGAGGAUGUAAACUUAAAAUGCUUUAAUAAAAAUAUAACGUAUUUUUCUAUUGAAAGAGACGAUGUAAAACCCGGUUUUACACUGUUGACACUGGAAUAUACCAGACAUCAUAAUGUUUUUGAAUGCUGUGAGCGACAUUAUGGUAAACAUUAUUAUUCGAGUGCAUUAUAUAAACAACAGUUCUUGUCUGGAGUUAAUUUAAUUCAUGGACCGUGUAUAUCGGACAAAUCAGGAGAUUUUGACGGAGCAAGUUGUUUACAUUGUCGAACGUGGAUAUCACCUGCCGUACAAUGGAUAACACGAUCAAGUAACUCAUGGCCGAGUAAUAAUGUCAAACAAAGUAUUAUAAACCACGGAGUACUUUUUGUACCGAUCGGAGUUAAGGGAUCACCAAAAGAGGAUCUAGAAUGGCGAAUAUCUUUUUCGGUUGGUGAAAAAUUUCUAAUAAAUUCCUUUACACAUACUCAAUUACUGUGCUAUUCUCUUUUAAAAAUUCUUUUGAAAGAUGUAAUUGCUACUUACUCCGAAUGUAAAGAUUUACUCUGUUCUUAUUUCAUGAAAACAAUUGUUUUCUGGUUAUCUGAAGAACUGCCACAAUCCGUAUGGAAACCUGAUAAUAUCAUACCUUGUUUUAUGCAAUGUUUUAGCAGGCUGGUUUAUUGUGUUGAGCACUCAGUUUGCUGGCAUUACUUCAUUCCAGAAAACAACAUGUUCGAUAACAAAAUAGAAGGCCGUGCUCGUGAAAUACUUUUAGAGAAACUAUGUACGUUGUAUAGAUAUGGUUGGCGAUGCAUCUUUUUUUCAGAUCAACUAUCAAACUUUCAGGUAUCAAUGUGGAAUUUUCAAAUCGACCCACAUACAUUAUUUGUAAAUGACGUUGAGAAAAUACUUAUAUCCAAGUUAUUUGUUUAUGCAAAUUUUUCCGUGAAUCUUGGUUCCGAAGAAGUGGAAUCGAAUAUAACCAAAAAUUGACUAAUACGGAAAGUUUUGUGUCAGCAAUCUUCAAUAAAAUACUUAUAUAAAUACUACAUGUCAAUGUGGUCUAACGGACUUGCCCAAAAUAUACCACUGGAAAGUAAAUUUAGUUAUAAUAAAUACCGAUACAAACAGUACAAAUCCUGUCUAAGUACUUUUAUACAGAAUGUCUAUCAUGACGCCGUAUCUGGAUGGCUGACAGUAGCUUCUCUUUUCUAUAAGACAAAGCAAUACAAUAAAACUUUACUAAUCAUUACGUAUUCUUUAUCGAAAUGUACUCAAGAAAAACUGUACCGCGGCAUGACGAUGUCGGAUAUCCAUUACCAAUUGUUAAAACUUCCAUCAUUCCAAAGGAAGAGUUUAAUGUAUCUAAAAAAAAUAAUGCUUGUAGAUUUUAUCGUAUUCAGGAUGCAUUCUACGUUAAUUCCGGAUGAAUUUGAAAUGGUAGAUUUGAGUGAAGUACACUGGUUUCCAUCUACAGCAUAUGCUUAUUUCCUUAAUUUUCUUUGUCAUUAUCAUCUGAAUAAUGUCCGACAAUGUCAAGAUUCACUCAAAGGUCUUCAAUCGGAUAUACAAGAAAAGUAUUUGACAGGAGAACGAAUAAAUUUUUCUAGAGAAGGAGUCUACACUAUUUUAGGAAUUGCUUUGCAGUUAUUAGGCGACAAGGAAUCCGCACGACAAGCAUUCUUACAAUCUGUUGAAUUACAACCGGAUGAUCAUUUAGAUCUAUCGUAAGUCGCGUACUCUAAUAAACAAAAGCCAUGACAAAAUCAAAGACCAAUAUUUCAAUUAGAUAGGUUGAAUUAAAAUCGAUCUUAUUGCGCAAUUAUGCUGUAAAGAGACUUAUACGAAUGAGUUGAAUGUGACAUCUGUGCAGUUAAACUACCGAAAUUAUUAUAUAAGUGUUUUGACUGUCUACAAAAGUUCAAUUUAAUUAAAUAGGUUAAAUAUGUGUCUGUUACUCGGAAACGGUGA